GUGAAGAAGCUGUUUCAAAUCUCUGCCUUACAACUCUCAACAAAAAGACACAGGCACAUUAGAAACCAGUGGCAAAACAGAUUCAUUCCAAAGAUUGAUUAUAAAAUGGACAAGUCUUGGAUCACAAAACAUCGUUUAUCUAAAGAUUACAGAACUGGAGUCAAAAUUUUUUUGGAUUUUGCGUUUAGUGAUAUUAAGAAAGAGAUGAUAAAAUGUCCUUGCCAGCGUUGCUGCCUGGUUAAAUACAAGCAUAGGGUUGAUGUUGAGGGUGAUUUAAUAUGUCAUGGUAUUCUACCAACAUAUACAAAUUGGUAUCUACAUGGAGAAAAAUUAGAUUUCCAUGAAGAGACCAUUGGAUUAGAAUCUGAAUCCAAUGUAGAUAACAUGCUCCAUAACCCGACGGUUGAAAACCAAACUAGAAAUCUACUUGGAGAUGCUUUUCCAAGUAUGGAUACUAGUUUUAAUGAAUCUGCUAGUAUGCCCACUGAUCAAUCAAAGCAAAAAGAAGCAUUUGAUGAUUUGUUAGCAGAUGGUAAUCAAGCUCUCUAUGAAGGUUGUCAAGCGUUCAGCAAGUUAUCGUUCACUCUUAAGCUAUACCACAUCAAGUGUAUGUCUAGGAUAAGUGACAAGGGAAUGUCACUGAUAAUUGACCUUUUGAAAGAAGCUUUUGAGCAUGCAAAGCUACCAGAUUCAUUUAACGAUAUGAAAAAGAUUAUCCGUAAGUUAGGAUUUAACUAUGAGUCUAUUCAUGUGUGUCCUAAUGAUUGCAUGCUAUAUUGGGGAGAUGAUGCAUCUAGAGACACUUGCAAAGUCUGUAAAAGUUCAAGAUGGAAGACUAGGAUAGUCGAUGAUUCAGUGGAGGAAAAGAAGAAGAAAAAAAAGCAACAAGCUGCUAAAGUUCUUAGAUAUUUUCCAUUGAAACCACGCAUGCAACGUCUCUUCACUUGA